AUGCGGGGAUGGGAGCUUAUCUGCAUUUGUCUCUACUUCUUUCCCCCAAACAAAGUCUUCCGUGAUCCGUUGCACGCCUACCUUACGACACGGAGUGAAGCUCUCUCAAUUGCUCUAGUUCCGCCUCCACUUUCCGCCUCCAUUAGCUCCACUACUGCCAAUACCACGAACGAAGCUCCAGCUCUCCGUCCUGGACCCAGCCUGGCGGCAGCGGCGGCCCUGGCUGCUGGUAGCGACCCCGCUGGUCUCAUCUCAACCCCCGUCACCCCGGCCUUUGGUGUACCUCUUGCUGAUACUGGCGGCGGUAGCGGCGAAAACGUCUGUGAGACGAGUGCUGAUCCCGCGCUCUCUAGCGAAUUCCCUUACGGACCAUGGGUGAAGCUGUCGGCUCUUCACUUCACCCGUGCUGCCCCACGGUGGUUCAUGCGUUCGGUGGCGUUGGGAGCAGUGCGGUCGUCGGCACCGCCUUCGAAGGAGGAGUUGCUUCAUGUUAAGGUAGGUUCUCUUGCCAUUUUGACAUUGGUUUUUACUGUUUCCUUUAUGAGGUUUCCUGCCGUUGAAGGUGGCUUCAGGACCACUAGUUCGAUCGUCAUUGAAUAG